GAAAGCUGACAAAAGGGCCCGUCAGAGUAGCUGGCGGCAGUGGCGGCUCUCGGAGCUGGGUUGUCAGUCAGUGAGCAGAGGGGGAAGAUGGCUCGUCGGGACCCGUUUUGCUAGGAAGAAGGGAGGCAGGUGCUGCUACUGCCCAGGAAAAGGAAGAGACGACCCCUUCGCUGUCGCUUCGAACCAGAAGAGUGAAGUUCUGGGAGUGGAGGUCUGGGAGCCGCUCUGAUUGAAGAUUUAGAACAGAUGUGGAAAGAUGUUCACUUCAGAGAAAGGGGUUGUGGAGGAAUGGUUGUCAGAGUUUAAGACACGACCAGAAGCAUCUUUACCAAAUUAUGCCACAAAUUUGAAAGAUAAGAGUUCUUUAGUUUCAUCUCUUUAUAAAGUUAUCCAGGAGCCACAAAGUGAGUUGCUAGAACCUGUCUGUCACCAGCUCUUUGAAUUCUAUCGCAGUGGAGAGGAGCAGUUACUUCGAUUUACACUGCCGUUUCUUCCAGAACUGAUUUGGUGCUACCUUGCCGUCUCAGCCAGCAGAAAUGUGCACAGCAGAGGAUGCAUUGAAGCUCUUUUUCUAGGGGUUUACAAUUUGGAAAUAGUUGACAAACAGGGACAUAGCAAAGUAUUGAGUUUUACGAUUCCAUCUUUAUCCAAGCCAUCUGUAUAUCAUGAACCUUCCAGCAUUGGGUCCAUGGCUCUGACUGAGAGUGCACUAUCCCAGCAUGGUUUGUCAAAAGUUGUAUACAGUGGACCUCACCCCCAAAGGGAGAUGCUGACAGCCCAGAACAGGUUUGAAGUGUUGACAUUCCUUUUGUUGUGUUACAAUGCUGCCUUAACCUAUAUGCCCAGUGUUUCUCUUCAAUCAUUGUGUCAGAUUUGUUCAAGAAUCUGUGUUUGUGGAUAUCCCAGACAUGUAAGAAAAUACAAAGGUGUAAGUAGCAGGAUAACAGUUUCUUCAGAAUUCAUGGUGCAGAUGUUAACAGGGAUUUAUUUUGCUUUUUAUAAUGGAGAAUGGGAUCUAGCUGAAAAAGCAUUGGAUGAUAUUAUUUACAGAGCCCAGUUAGAAUUAUAUCCAGAGCCAUUGCUGGUUGCUAAUGCAAUAAAGGCUUCGUUGCCUCAUGGUGCCAUGAAAUCUAGUAAGGAGGGUACAAGGUGUAUUCAAGUUGAAAUCACACCAACUUCCUCUAGAAUAUCAAGAAAUGCAGUAACCAGCAUGUCAAUAAGCGGUCACCGGUGGAAAAGACAUGAGCAACCUGACGGAAAUACAGAAUUAACAGAUCAAGAAGAACUGAUGGAUAUGUCUGAAGUUGACAAGGGAUUUUAUUCCAGGGCUGCAUCUAGUACCAGCCAGUCAGGCUUAUUAAACACUUGGAGUGCGGGAAACGAUGUAAACAAUAGUCACAAUUCUAGUAUCAAGACAAGUGUAGGAAAGACUCAGAGAAGGUCAGGAGGAAACAAAACUGGAGGAAAAGAAAAAGAAACCACAGGGGAGUCAUGCAAAGAUCACUUUGCUCGAAAACAAACUCAGAGAGCCCAAAGUGAAAAUCUAGAGCUUCUCUCUUUGAAGAGACUUACGUUAACAACCAGCCAGUCCCUGCCUAAACCUAACAGCCAUGGUUUGGCUAAGACUGCUGCGACUGUAUUUAGUAAAUCCUUUGAGCAAGUCAGUGGUGUCACAGUCUCACAUAACCCAUCAGCUGUUGUUGGCUGUGGGACAGGGACAGAUGCCAACAGGUUUUCCGCUUGUAGUCUCCAAGAAGAAAAGCUUAUUUACGUUUCUGAAAGGACUGAACUUCCAAUGAAGCACCAAUCAGGUCAGCAGAGACCUCCUAGUAGUAGCAUUACAUUGUCCACAGAUUAAUUUGUAAGAGUUUUCUCAUGUGACCAAUGAGUCUGGAAUUAUGGCUUUGCUUCUUUAUGAAAGUGCCAGGGUCUUUCAUCCCUGCUCCUGACAGAGCCCCAAUGUCUUAAGUUCUGAAGGCUUUAUGAAGGGAAUAAUGUCUAGGUUGCAGUAAAGUUGAAAUAUGGUUUUGUUAUUU